AUGGACAUAUUUGGGGAAGAAAUCGAUAUUCGUGCUCAACACCUCGAACUCACCUUCUGGCUCGAGGGCUCGCUCACCGAUCUAGAGGUUCACAAGCCGAUUGGAAAAUAUCGACGGCUGGACCUGCCAGGAUUGAACAACCCGAGCGAUGAAGUGGCAGAGUGGCUCAACGAAAAUACAGACGACAAAUACCCGAGAUUUUGCGUUGAGGAUAUCGUGCUGCUUCCCAUCAUCUAUUACCGCAUCGAACGUGCUGAUGGAGAGGCGUUAUUUGUCCCAGCCGAACAUUUGGUGAAGGACAUCACCGAGUAUCCCUAUAUGGUGGCCAUCAUGGAAAAGAAGGCUGGGGAACCAUGGCAACACGUCCACAAGUGCAGCGGAUCGAUCGUCGACAAAAAUUGGGUGAUGACAGCGCCGGCAUGUGUGGAAGGCAACAUCGAGAACUUACUGGUUGUCGCUGGAGCUGCAGAUCUUCGCGCUGGCUCAAUACUUAAGCAAACCCGAGAAGUUGCCGAGAAGCACAUCCAAACCAACAUCAACUCCCACCUUGCGCUGAUUCGGUUGAAAACCCCGCUGGAUUUUGGCGCCAGUGUUAACGCCACGGUUCUGACCGACUCGGCGGGAAAGGUCAUCGACGAUCCGCGGGAGAUGAAGGCUUUGGGCUGGGGCCAUCCGGGUUCAGGUCUAGUUGAACGGCUUCGGAUCAUCACCGUCAACGAGAACAAACAGACAUGUCAAUCCCUGAUUCCGAUGCAACUUUGCUGGGUGGUUAGCUAUCCGGGGGUUUGCCAGGGUGACGUCGGCGGAGCGCUCAUAUAUCCGGCACUGAAUUCGGCCAACCAGAUCAUCUACGUGCAAAUCGGCGUCAUCGCCCCGUACGCCGACUCGUGCGCUAGCAAAAAUGAUCAGGCGCAUUUCCUGUGGCUGCCUACGCGCUGCGAUUGGAUCGCCAGGAUCGUUGGGCACAAGCUCAUCUACGUUUGUUCCGGCACCAUCAUUGACAAGGAUUGGGUGCUGACGCCGACCGAGUGCGUCGUAGACAUUCCAACCAAGGAUUUGGUAGUGAUUGCCGGCGUGACAGACCUGAGAACCACGUCAGAAUUAAAGCAAGUCCGUGCUGUGGCCGAUAGGAGGAUGCACAUGGGCACGGGCACCGUCUGGCGGCCAGAUCCUCAUAUCACGAUGCUCCAGCUCCAAGAGCCGCUCGCUCUUGGAAAUAGCGUGCGGCCAACGCUGAUUCCGAGGAUGAAGAAGACUAAUUCGGAAGAAUCUGUCGAACGCCUCCGCGUCAUGGCCGUCAAUGAAGACAAAAAGCACUGUGACCGUGCCGAUGACGAGUUGAGUUGCGGUCAACCCGGCAUGUGCUUGGAAGAUGCCGGCGGUCCUCUGAUGUACCCAUUGCUGACGGGUGACGUGAAAAUCGUCUACGUUCAGCUCGGCGUCAACUUGUACGCAGGCGACGGCCCAUGCGAUGAACCCGGAGACAAGGGGGUAUUUUUGCUUGUCUCGGAGCAUUGCCAGUGGAUUGAGUCAACGCUUGGCCGGAAGGUGUGCCAAGCAUUGGACACCCUU